AAAAUAGUUAUAUCAAUUACAUUAUUGAGUUAAGUCAAAAUGCGACCAAUAAAAAUGAAUGAUAAAAUAUAUUUUGGAACAUAUUUUUAGUCUAAAAAAAUUGAUACAAUCUUGGGAAUCAGGGUUUAAGAGAGAAUUCAGCCAAUUAAAACAAAUAAAAAGAGUGGCGAUGCAGGGUUUAGGGUUUAUUGUGCAACAAGAGUAGCGGGAUUAUUGUUCCUUUCCUUUGUUGAAAGGUUAAUAAUUGGAGUCCAUGUCGAAAUCAAAGCUGAGAGGGAUACAAUUAUCAUUCAGCAACACCCAAAAGCUAAGAUUAGAAAAGGCAUUAGAACAAUUGGAGUCCAUUUCUUCGAAGCUUAAUUCCAAUGCCACUGUCAUUGUUGCCGACACCAUUCCCGUUGACGAAGAUGCCGCCCUCAAGGGGCAUGGUACGUUGGAUAUGGGCAGGAAUGUGAUAGCAACUGUUUGUGGAGUUGUUGAGCGCGUGAACAAGCUUGUUUAUGUUAGAUCUCUAAGGGCAAGGUAUAAGCCAGAGAUAGGUGAUAUUAUAGUUGGCCGUGUUAUUGAGGUUGCUCCAAAGAGAUGGAGAUUGGAAAUUAAUUUCAGCCAAGACGCAGUACUAAUGCUCUCCUCGAUGAAUCUUCCAGAUGGUAUUCAGAGGCGGCGAACAGCAAUUGAUGAACUCAAUAUGCGAACCAUAUUUGUGGAGAAUGAUGUCAUCUGUGCUGAAGUCCGUGGUUUCCAGAAUGAUGGAAGUCUACACCUCCAAGCUCGGAGCCAAAAGUAUGGAAAGCUUGAAAAUGGGAAACUACUCAAAAUCCCUCCAUAUCUAGUGAAAAGGCGUAAACAACAUUUCCACCAUCUAGAUCAGUAUGGAGUUGACUUGAUUUUUGGCUGCAAUGGAUUUAUUUGGGUUGGGGAACACGUUGAUGUAAAAGAUGCCACGGUGGAGGAUCAAGUAAAUAAGUCUGACCCACAGAACACUGAUUCAGCGAUCUUACAGGGUUCUAGUGAAGAACCAACUUCGACAUCACUGGAAAUAAGACAAUAUAUAUGCAGGAUAGCAAAUGCCAUCACGGUAUUCGCUGCUUUAGGUUUCAUGGUUAAUUUGGAAGCUGUGACGGAGACAGUUACCCUGAGCUUAUCUUUGAACCUUGGUGUACAUGAGAUGCUUGAAGCAGAAUUCCAUGUUCAAGUUGCUGAGCAAGAAGUUGAACGACGGAGCAAAUCUACUAGAAGGAAGUAGUAGUUACAGGUCAUCAUUUUCGUUUGCCUUUCUUGUACUGUCAGUUAUGCAAGUUAGAAGAGAUUAGAAUCUGUUCAGCAUACUUGGGUUGCACUAAAAGAUAGAUUGCUUUUCUGAACGAGUUCUAUACUGAAUAUCCCCUUAAGUGUACUUCUAAUUCGUCUGCAUAAAAUGUUUUUCUUCCCAACAAUGAUAUUUACCUUUGUAUUUUAACUUUCAUGUAUUACUGGUUUUUUUACUUGUCAGUGUUGUAACGUUUCUGGCUUGGAAAGUGAAAACUCAAUCUUUCCCUUGAUGAUGUGUGAGAACAUUCAAGUUAUUCCUCA